AUGACGUCGACGAGCGACGACUCCCCCGUCGGCAAAGGGAAGGACCGGUACGUGGUGCACACGCUGGCGGGAUACAAGAUCGAGGGCAUCAGCGUGGGCGGGCAGGAGACGUGCAUCAUCCUCCCGCAGCUCAAGAUCGCGUUCGACAGCGGCAGGUGCCCGCAGCGAUGCGUCUACGCCGACACCCUGUGCCUCUCGCACACGCACCUGGACCACGUGGGCGGCGCCGGGCACUACAUCGCCACGCGGUCCCUCCUCUCCCUCCCGCCCCCCACCGUCUUACUCCCCGCGCAACGCGCGGACGCGUUCGAGGCGUACGUCGCGUCGUUAAGGGCGCUGGACGGCUCCGAGCUCCCGCACGUCGCCGUGCCGAUCGAACCCGGCGAGACGCACGUGCUGUCCAAGCUUCACUGCGUCCGACCGUUCCCGACGACGCACCCGGUGGCGAGCCAAGGGUACGUGGUGUACGGCACGAAACGCAAGCUGCGAGAGGAGUACGCGGGUCUGAGUGGGCAAGAGAUCAAGGCGCUGAGGGACGCGGGGACGGUUGUGACGGACUCGAUCGAGGUUCCGGAGGUUGCGUUCACCGGCGACGCGUCGGGGGAGUGGACGCGAUCGGACCACCCGGUGGCCCGGGACGCGCUGCGCGCCAAACUGCUGAUCUGCGAGUGCACCUUCGUGGACGACGCCGUGGACGUUGAGGGGGCGAGGGAGUACGGGCACACGCACAUAGACGAGUUGGCGGCGGCGGCGGAUGCGUUUGAGAAUGAGCGAAUUUUGCUGAUUCACUUCAGCGCGAGGUACAAGGCGGGGGAGGUGACGGAGGCGAUCGAGAAGCGGCUGCCGGCUGGACUGAGAGAGCGAUGCGUCCCCAUGCUCGUGGGGUUCAACUGA